AUUUGGAAAAAAAGCCUGCCUGGCAACUAUGGUCGCAAGAGGAAGACGUGGCCGGGGGCUAAUAAGGCCUUCACUAAGCAGCAGCCAAGGGACUGAACGUGUUGAGCGCACCAUCAGAGCUGUAGACAAGACCACCAUAUCUGGUCAACCUGCUCUUGAAGAAUUUGAGGAAGUUAAUGAAGGCCAUGGAACAGAGUCAGAAUUUGCUCCUAAGAUCACUGCAGUGAUGGGUGCAGUGAAAAGUAGCUCAGCCACAGAUUGGGACCAAGAUAAGCCCCAGGAAGAGCUUCCACCAAAAUCUAGUGCCAAUUCAAAUGGUUCCUCCAACAAGUUGGACUCCACCAGCGAAUUUGAGUUCAAAGUUGAUGAUUCAGAGAUGGCUGAGUUUGAUGUGGACAAUACUGUUCUUGGCACUCCCAAAAAUCCAAAUACACCAAUUGCCAAUGACCGUAAAGUAGUUCAUAACAACACCAGCAUUCCUUGCAAUGUUACUGCAACUCAUAAGGACGCUACAUACACAAACAAAGAUGCCAAUGCCUCUGGAAAAUGUGUUGGUCCAGCUGCUAGUACAUCUGCCUCUGCUGCCAAAACCGCAUCAAGGAAAUCAAAAAGAAAAUUUGGUUUAGAAUAUAUUCUUGUGAGCUUGAAUGAUGCUUCAAGUGCACCUGCAAGCAUGAAGGAGUCACCUCAUGAGUGUGUCUUGUGCCUCCCAGGACAGUCUUUCAAUGCCACAUUGCUGGCCAAGCACAUUCAUUCAGCCGACCAUCUUCGCCGAGUGCUUGAGAUGCACAGCUUGAGUCUGUUCAACGAGUACCGUAAUGAGGAGAGCACUGAAACACUGUACACAGUUCUGUGCCAGCUCAUCCCCAUGGCUGAGCCGCCUGUCAAGCUGCUUGUUGUGCCCAGCAGCAAUCUGCAGGAGACCAGAGCUCGAACUCUCAAGAUUAUUACUGCCAGAAAGGAGAGUCUGGCAACCUGCUCAUCCUGGAAUGCAGUCCAGGCACCUCAAGAGAAGCAAGUACCCAAGCGUACUCUUGAAGCUGUUGACACUGGGGGCCCCUCCACCAAACGUCCCAGACCUGGACUCCAGGCCACCAAGCCAGUCCUGCUGGUGGGGGAUGAGCGGGCCAAGGAACUUUAUGAUGCAUAUCCAGCCAUGCAGGAGAUCUGCACUCUAGCAUGGUUCCCUUCUGCUCGUAUUUCAAAGCUCCUGUCAGGGUCUAUCAUUGCUCUGAACUCCUCCUAUCGCGUCCUCAUCAUCAUUGGACUUCAGAAUGAUUUUGUGACUGAACGGACUGAUGGUCCAAAGAAACUGUUUAUGGUCAAUCCUAAUGUAGAUGCCAUUGAGAAAAACGUCAUAAGUUUCACUCAUAAGAUUCGUGCCAUCAAUCCCAAUUUGAAGCUGUUCUUCACCAUUCCCAAUUACAUUGAUUUUAUUGAUUACUCAAAACGAGUGAAGCUGUUAUCAAAAAGUGACUUUGAACGUCUUGAGGAUUUCAGUAGACAGAUAAUGACUUCCUACAAGAGGUUGAAUGAUACCUUCCGGUCCAUUUCCAAGUCAAUGUUCUGCUACAACAUGAACAUAACUCUGCGCAGCAAAACAAAAGACAAUGAAAAACGUCUUAGGUCUGCUGCUGACCAUAUGCAGUUCCCACCUGGAACCCUCAGUGAUGGGUUUCGCCUCUCUCCUGAAGCCAUUCAAAAAAUUGCCAUUGACCUACAUGCAAGGGUGGAAAAGGUGCUCAUCACACGCAUGGAUGUAGCUUGUGGUUCUGGCCCAGAAAUGAUACAGAGCUGGGCUGAUUGUGACAACAUUAUUGUCAUUGGGGAUCAUCAGACUUUCAAGUUUGAUUCAGCAGCUCCAACAGAAGUGACCAAGAAUGUCACUUUGAUUUCAGAGAGAUUCCAGACAAUGGCAACUCUGCUUGAACGUGCUGACAAGAUGUUGAACCCAUCUGUUGACCUGCUGGUUGUAGUUGGUUUCUAUAGAGAAUUUGCUCAGAAUGUCAUCAAUGGACGAUACACGAUUCUUGAACCACAAGUUCCUGUAAAGGAUGAAAUAUUUGGGUUGCUGCUGAACUACAAGAAACGUUGGACCAAUCGUUUCCCACGUCUCACAGUUGUGUUCACUAUUCCUCAUGUUGUGGACUUUUUCCAAUAUAACACAGCAACUAAUCCUGAAAUUCAAAAAACUGAACAUUUCACAAGUCAAAUGAACAUUUACACUCAUCAGUUCUCAAUCAACAUAAUGUCAUUCUAUAAAGAGCUCCGUCCUGUUCUUACAAUGGGAACAACAAGAAUUUGGUUGUAUCACAUAACAAACUCUCUCUUUGAAGGAUUUGAAGAUCUGCUUCAAACUAUUGGAAAUUUCAAUGUGAAGCCACAGUUCCCCCCUCAUAGUACUCUAGAUGGCUUCAAACCUGGCCUUUCCACAGCCCUACGACUUCGAGCAAAUCUUAUUGUUUACAUCUCCAAGUUGCUGCGCAAAAAUUCUGUGCCUGUAUUUACUAAAAGGAAGUAAUUUGCAAUUGAAAAACAAUGAAAACAAGGAAGUCUUGAUUUAACCUAACAUGGCAUAAGGUUUCUUUGAAGAAGUGAAAUUUGAGCAGCACAGAAAGGAUGUUUGAAAUAGAAACACUAGCUCAAGGAGCAACUAAGAUGAUCAACCUGCUGAUAAGAAUGUUAAUAGCUGUUCUAAAAGUUAUUAGUUAGCCAAAGAAAAAUUGAUAAUUAUUAUGAACAUUCAAUGCUUUCUUCAAUCGAUGAGGUAUGAAUUAUUUAAAUGUAGUGCCUAUUAUGAUCUUUUUCUCUGAAGAUAGUCCACAUCCUAUUGAUGUAGCUUCAUAUGGAUGUUAAUUAUUGAUUUUGGAAAAUCAAUACAAGCAUUUUCAUGGGGUGGUGUCCUCAUUUGCUGCAUCAAUGUUUAUUUAAUGACUAAAAUUUUUUAAUUGAUUCUAAAAUCAAACCAUUCAUGAUGAUAAACUUCAUAUCUAGGUUUUGUUCUCUUACCAUCCCCCACUCAGGAAUAAGUUGAGAAUAAGAACAGUAAAUAAGGUUAAUCAGGUUUCUACACAUUCAAGUUUGAAGUUUAUUGAAAUAUCAGGUGAAGGAAAAAGCAAAAAUGUAAAUUAAGUUUGACAUAAAUCAUGGAUUUAUCUACUGCUUUGAAGUUUUUCUUCAAUUAGUUUGGCACUUUUUCUAAAGUGGCAAGUGCAUACUAUUCUCAAAUUUGGUUGUGAGAAACUAGGCUGGAUAAGUCUUGAUCUAGAAGUUAUGUGGCACACUAAGGAUGGCUUCAGUGAUUGUACAAACCAUUUUCUGAUCAUUUAUGUUCUGAAUAAAGAUUGAUUGGA